AUGCAGAAGGGGGCGGGUCCUGUGGGGAGGCGCGCUGACACCUUUCCACGGCGGAGCGCGCAGAGUCCUGUAUGGAGAGCCGUGCGUAAAAGGGGACACCACAGCAUCAGCAUGCCCCUCAAACUGCUCACCGUGCUGGCGCUCUACCACGGGACGCUCCUGUGCGGUGGAUUUAACGUGGACGAGCGUUUCCCGGUGGUCAAAGAGGGAUUCACCAAUGGCAGCUUUUUUGGAUUCUCCGUAGCUCUUCACCAUCAAACCGAGGGCACAAAUAAAUACUUGUGA